AUGAAGAACUUGCACAUAAACCUCCCUAUCAUUGAAGUUGUCACACAAAUGCCUUCAUACUCCAAGUUCUUGAAAGACAUUCUCACCAACAAGAGGAAGCUUAAUGAUGAGCUUAUCACUCUCCCCCAUCAAGUGAGUGCACUUGUUCAACAUAAGAUGCCCAAGAAGCAAAAGGAUCCGGGAAGUUUUACUUUGCCGGUAAAGAUUGGGAACAUGGAAGCUAGGGGCGCCUUAGCCGAUCUUGGAGCAAAGUUAGAUCGCUUGGGAAGGGUUAUGAUGAGUCCUCAAGAUCCAAUGGUUGAAGCUCUUACAUGCAAAGAAGAGUACCACUCUCAAGAAGCAAAAGAGUUUGUCAUGGCCAUUGAAGAAGCUAAAAAGGAGGAAGAGGAUGAUCUUAGGGACGAUGAGCUCAGAGAUGUGAUAGGGUAUAGCAUUGAAGAUAUUAAGGGAAUUAGCCCUUCUUUGUGCAUGCAUCGUAUUCACCUUAAGGAUGAUCAAUCCACCUCAAUCGAGCCUCAAAGGAGGUUGAACCCCAACCUCCAAGAGGUUAUCAAGAAAGAAAUCUUGAAAUUGCGUGAAGCGAGCAUAAUCUAUGCUAUCUCCGAUAGCAAGUGGGUUAGCCCGGUUCACGUGGUUACAAAGAAAGGUGGAAUGACCAUUGUUAAGGGAGGAGGAGGAGAGGAAAUCUCCACCCGGACGGUGACCAGGUGGAGGAUAUGCAUUGAUUAUAAGAGGUUUUUCCAAAUCCCUAUCCAUCCAAAUGAUCAAGAGAAAACUAAUUUCAUGUGUCCAUAUGGAACAUUCGCAUACCGAAGAAUGCCAUUCGGGUUAUGCAAUGCUCGUUCAAAUUUCCAACGAUGCAUGACUUCCAUUUUUUCUGAAAUGCUUGAAAACGAGAUUGAGGUUUUCAUGGAUGAUUUUAGUGUUGGUGGCUCGUCUUUGACACAUGUCUUUAUAAACAUGAAAAAGUUUUAA